AUGUGGAGAGGCGAAGAGGUGUCACCUGCUGUUGCAGGCCCUCCUCGCCUUGGCGCCGCCCUUGAUGACGGCCCGUUCAAGUGCUCGGCAGCGCCGUCGCAGUUGCCGUCGGCCUCGGCGCUGUGCCACCCGGUCGAUCCGAGCAAGGUUCUCAUUGACUCUGUGGUGGUCAUCAAUCUCAAGCGCCGCAGUGAUCGACUCUCCGCUGUCUCGGCUGCACUCUCUGCCGCAGGACUCCGCGCUCUGCGCUUCCCGGCCGUCGACGGCAAGGUCCUCUCCUCGUUCGAGGUUGCCAUGUACAACGCCAAGGCCAUCCGCGAUCUCACCCCGGGCCUGGUUGGCAACCUCAUGUCGCACUCGCGUGUCUGGGCCCGCACCGCCUCGGCUGGCCUUGCCUCCAUGCUUGUUCUUGAGGACGACGCCACCUUUUCGGCCGAUCUUGUGGAGGCGCUGCCGGCCCGCAUGGCCGAGCUCAAUGCCCUCGACCCGGCAUGGGACAUCGCGUACACCGGUCGCCUCACUGUCGGUGAGACCCGCAUGCUCCUCACCGACGAAAAUGUCAUCUCACACUACGACAACCGCGACGACGUUCGCCUCUCCGACCAUAUCAUUUCGCCUGGCCCGUCAGAGGGCAUGUGGGGCUAUCUUAUCUCGGCCCGCGGCGCCCGCAAGCUGCUCGAUCUCUACGCCAAAUCGCCCAUCCUCUACGACGUCGACCUCCUUCUCCACACACCGGCUAUCCGCAACGAGCUUGCCAUGUACGCCUUUGUUCCUGUCCUCACCUCGUUUGACGAGGCCGAUGCCUACUCGGACGACUCCGGCACCAACACCGCCACAAACCUCCUCAAGCGCGCCAACAAGCUCAUCGGUGCAGGUCUCUUCGCAGAAGCCAUCUCGCGCUACGAGCGCGCCCUCGAAAUCGGCCUCUCUGGCGCCGAGCAUGCCUGGGCCCACACAAACAUGGCGUACAUCAAGGACCUGCACUUUGCAGACGUCGCCGCCGCCGCCGCGCACUUUGAGGCCGCCGCCACAACCCCGGGUGUCUCGCCGCCCGCCAUGGCCGAUACUCUCGCCAACUACUGCUUUUUCCACUACCGCCACAACAACUACGCCGAGGCACUCACAAAGUGCGACGCUGCCCUCCAGCUGGACCCCUCGCACGAAAAGGCCAAAGCCAAUCGCGCUUCCGUCGUCGCAGCCCUCGACGGCUAG